AUGGGGGGAGAUAACGCACUGGACAGGGAGAGCGACGGAGCUGGUGUGAUUAUAACGGCUGAAGACGGUGCAUUAGAAGGAGCUGGAGUGACUAUAACAGGAGGUGCAUUGGAUGGGGCAGGAGCUGAAGGCUAUCAGACAAUCAUAGGCUUCCCCCAUUCUAUUGUGUAUCCGGGAAAUCUCAGCAAUAGCAGCAGCACGGGUAGGUCCAUUGUGUAUCCUGGAAACCUCAGCCACAGCAGCAGCACUGGGAGCAUUGGGAGCAGCUACAGCAGGGGAGGCGGGGAGGGAGGUGGGGUAGGAAGGAGAGGGGGAGGAGGAGGUAGGGGAGGGGGAGGGGGAGGGGGAGGGGGAGGAGGAGAGCUGAGGAGUAGCAGGAGCUUCAACGAGAGAAGAGGGUUUGAAAUGGGAGGAGGAGGAGGAGGAGGAGGAGGUGGUGGUGGUGGUGGUGGUGGUGGUGGUGGUGGUGGUGGUGGUGGUGGUGGUGGUGGUGGUGGUGGUGGUGGUGGUGGUGGUGGUGGUGGUGGUGGUGGUGGUGGUGGUGGUGGUGGUGGUGGUGGUGGUGGUGGUGGUGGUGGUGGCAGUAGCAGUGGUGGUGGUGGUGGUGGUGGUGGUGGGAGUGGAAGAAUGAGGCAAGAUUGGGAUGCUUCAGGGAAGCUUCCGCCAGUGUACCCACAGCGGCCGGGGGAGCAGGAGUGUGCGUAUUACAUGAGGACGGGGAGCUGUGCGUAUGGGUCUAGAUGCCGCUUCAACCACCCUCCCAGACUGCUAGAGGUAAGAAUGUUGUUGUGA